AUGAUCAACCGUUCGCAUGCCAAUAUCCAUAAGCACGAGCACGAGCACGAGCACGAGCAUGGUCAUGAGUACGAGCAGAACGACGCUCCAGAAAUGAAAGAUCCUCUUCAGCCCGGAUCCUCCGACAUUGACGAAAGAAUGACGACUCCAGCCCGGGACUAUAAGGAAGCCAUUGACAAAUCCAAUAUCCUCAAUGAAGAUCGCCUUCGCCAGGCAAUGCCACAGUCCUCCAAGGUGAACCAAGAGCCCUCUGAGGAAGAAAUCGAUAUUUCUUGGCGGCCUGAUCCAUCGGGUCAUCCGCGGAGGACUUUCUAG